GGUGAUAGUUCACUCCGCAGACCCCGGGCAUUUUCUGAGGAUACACGAGAGCCGGGCGGGGUCUUUAUGAAGCUGUCUGAACCGUGUCUUUUGAGGAAAUUACUUAACUUAUAUUUCUAACUGAGAUAAAACAAUUAAAUAGAAAAUACUUUGUCGCAGCUGACAGCGGUGCGCAAGCGCGUGUGAAACGAAUCUCAAUCUCAGGGAAUCUCAAGCAUCGCGAAGGAUUCCUCGCAUUUCUUUGCGUCUCAAGAAACACAUAAGGAGAGGACCAUCGCUGUUUUGACAAAAGAGGAGGUUUCAAGCUUUGUAUUGAUCAUUUCUGCAUCGUUUCUCUUCAAAUUCAAGUCUUCGGCUCGUCGUUAUCGAUCAUGGCAUGGCCCUGUAUCACCAGGGCUUGCUGCAUCAACCGCUUCUGGAGUGAGCUGGACAAAGGUGACAUUGCAGUGCCUUUGGUUUUCACCAAUUAUUCAGAUGUGGCCGAGGUGCAACACCUGCACCCGCAACCAAAAACGUUAAUUUCACAGAAGCCACCGGUCACUACAGAAAGCCAGCCUGCCCAUAGCGCUGAUCAGGAGGCGUCGGCCAAAGCCGCAUCAGCAUCAGCAGCAUCUCAAGAUGGGUCAAGCGCUUCUGUGAUGCGAGAGGAUUUCAAAGCAUGGAGUGUGCGUCCUGAGAGAAGCUGUAAACCCAGAAACGAUUAUCAGCCAUCCAAGACCCCUUUCAACAAUCAAACUCAGUAUCAGAAAGAUUAUAAACCGUGGCCCAUUCCGAGAAGGGGAGACCAUCCAUGGAUUCCCAAACCCACUCCCACUUCUGCUGCAUCCGUUAAAGCUGAGAGCAAGUUCUCAAAACAAGAGCAGGCCACUUCUGACGUUGAAACUGGCAUGGAGAAAUGUGAAAUCGAAGAGAAGCUGCAUGAAAAAGAGAGUAAAGAACCGAGAAAGAAGUUAGAUACGAAAGAAAAGGUCCCAGAGGCUGUCAAAGUGGAGCAAGGGCCAACAGACCAUGUAGUGGAAGGAAAGAGGAGGUCAGCAGCAGAUGCACUGAACAGGCAGAUCAAGGAAGUCAAAUCUGGAAGCUCAUAUAGGACGGAGUUUAAGGCUUACACAGAUGUCAAACCUGUGAAACCCAUCAAAGCAAAAUCUCAGUACAAACUCCUAGUAGAGGAAAAAACCAACCUGGAGACCAGUUACAGUGCCACCUAUAAAGGAGAGCAGGUCAAACCUCAGGCCACAGAUAACAAGCUAAUGGAUCGCCGUCGGAUACGAAGCCUGUAUAGUGAACCUAGCAAAGAAUCCAGCAAGGUGGAGAGGCAUAAUGUAUCACUUUCAAAGCCAAAAAAGACAACAAGCCAUAGCAAAACAGUAAAAAAAGAAAAAAAGAAGCAAAUCGCAGGGAGUCAAACUGCCAAGAAGAAAACCUCAGUGAGCAGCCAGGAGCCACAGCCAGAGGGAGGGGUCACCAAGAAAAGCAAAGAAAUGAUCAACAGACUAGCUGAGUCAAAAGAUUAAGUGCACUUUUGUGUUGGGGGGUAGGGAGGCUAUGAUACAGAAUAGAGGACUCUUAUCCCCUUGUUCAUUACCUUACUCUUAUGGCCCUGCCUUCUGUGUCUUUACUUACUUUAUUACUGUAGUGAAUCAAGGCUUGUCAGCUUGAUUUGCUUUGACUGUCCAGUCUAUUAUGAAUCUAUUUUUGCUUUUGCCCUGCUUCUGCUCCCUUUCCAUAUGCAUCAAUAGCUUUCUCUGUGUCAAAGAUCAUUCAUGGAACCUUGUUGCAUGCUGCCUCUGUGCAAAUGGCCAUAAGCCUUAUAUAUAAGAUAAGGUUGUUGCUUUAUUUUGCAUUGAAAUCUAUUUACUGUAAACAAUAAUGGUCCUUUCUUUCAAGCAGUCUCAUGCAUGACAUGGACUUCAUUUGAAAUAUAUGGAUCACACCAAAUUAGAUGCACCGAUAGCAUUGCUCAAACACUAAGAUGUCAUAUUUUUUCACUACUGUUGAAUACACACAUUUGGAUCAUAUAAUGUAGUAUUCCUCACAUACAAUCUACAGUGAACACGAGAAGUUUUAACUUCCCAAACUGCAUGUUUAAAGAUUGUGCGACAGAAUGUAAGACCACAAAUUAGCAAUCAAGAGAAUCACACUAGUCAACAAGUGCACCAAGUUCCAGUAUUACGUUUAAGAAUUUAGAUAAAUUAAAGCUAAUAUUUAAAGGUGCUGUAAGUGAUUUUUUUUUUUAUGGAAUGCUAUGUGGAAAAUAUACCUUUUCCCUUAAAGAUAUCACUGAAAUAAGUGUCCAGAGAUAUCGCAGCGGUCUCUCUGACAGCACUAGACUCUGUAAACAGCAAACAAAAAUGUGACCGCGGGCCGCGGACACAUUCUUUGAUCAGCCAAUCAGAUGUGCUUUCUGCCUGUCAAUCAUUUUGCACAUUCUCAUAGUGUUGUUGUUGAAGCAGUUUAUUCACGUUUAAUGUCAUAUUCAGAUUCAUAAUAAUUUUGCUACUGUUGUGUUUGACAACUGUAAAGAGAGGCAAUGCUGCUUUAUGGUUCUGAUGACGGUUUCAACGGUAUCUUUGGAGGGCGGUGUUUUGAAAAGUCUAAUUUAACGGCUCAGUCUCAAUGGCUAAAAUCACUUUCAGCACCUUUAAAUUCUUUCAACAGCAGUGGCAGCCAUAACUGUUUUUAAACAAUUUGAGGCAUGGUCUCUCUUGAAGUGUAAUAGUUACCGUGUAGAGCAUUAUGCUAUCGAAACAUACUUACGCUCAGCUUGCUCAGCUCUCAAUGAAGCGACGUUCAAAUGUGGUACCAUAUCUGUCUGUUUAUGUAAAGAGAGAAUUAAAACUGCCUGCUUUCCUUUCACAUAAUAUUGAUGAUUGAAAUGGGAUAAAUGCUGCUAACCAUACAGUUGAGGUCCAUCUUUUGGGACUGUAGGAGUUGAAUGCAGACAGAAGCAUGCCCAUCAUUGUCAUCUGUUUGUGAACCAUCAUUCUGUCCCAAUCUCUCCAGAGGGGUGAGAGCCCUCUCAGUGAAAUUAUACAGCCUCUUGGUUCUGUGCUCCUCCUGGGUCAUCCUAAACAUGUGCUGUGCACACACCAUUCUAGGUGCUAUCAAGCUAUGCUUUCCAUUAACAUUAGUGCCUGUAAAUUGAGCAACAAAGGGCCAUCAGAUGUCCAAGUGGUUAUUCUGUGUGAUGUGCUUGUGUUGUGAGCUUGCAUUGAAUGAAAAUUAUUAAAACCAUUAAA